AUGGAUAAAGCCUCCACCUGCCAGUAAAAAGUCAGUGAAUGUUUUGGAUCCUGAGGAGAGGAAAAGUUUGAAGAAAGCCAUAAAGGCGGCACACUCGAAUACCGUGAGGGCAAGACUUCUGAAAGAGUUUAAGUGCCAGAUCUGUCACCAAGUGAUGACUCUUCCUGUGACAACUCCUUGUGCUCAUAACUUCUGCAAGGCGUGUUUGGAAGCUAAAUUUGCUGGGAAAACUCUAGUGAGAGAGAGAAGCAGAGGUGGACGCACACUACGUGCACAGAAGAAUGUCAUGAACUGCCCUUGUUGCCCCACUGACAUUUCUGACUUUCUCCAGAACCCUCAGGUCAAUAGAGAAGUAAUGGAGGUGAUAGAGAGGCUGAAGAACCAGGAAGAGGACGAUGCAGAGCCUGUAGAUGAAGGUGAAGGCUCAGGUACAGACCCUGAAGAAGAAACCCAGGUCGUGUCUGAAGAAGCUGAGCAACCAAAGAAACGGAUUAAGCUGGACACAGACGUAGCAGUUUCGGCGACUGUUGUGUAAUCUUGCAUGCAGUAAGUAGGUAGGGGCCUUUCCAAUGGCUUAUUUGGAUCAAACCAUUCGGUAAAGUUGGAGACUUCUAUGGUUUUGAUUUGGUACCAAAGACUGAAGUAGAAAAAAAAACACUCUAGUACCUGAUGUCGUACGCAAAUUUUCUUUUGCGGUCUGUUGUUUUGGAUAUUACUACAACUGAGUUCU